AAAAGAGGUCUGAUCCUUCCGCGCCUCAUUCAAUUCGAUCUGCGCAGACAAGCAGGUUCCCUCCGGACGCGCUGGGCGAACUGGGCCAAGACGAUCUCAGAAUCUCACCCUCGAUCUCCUAUCUACUUUACAAAACCUUGCUGCUGCUCGGCAGCUCGCUUCAAGAAGCGACCUUUUGAAUUCAUUUCCGCGGUCGCUUCGACGACUUCGAUUUCAACCGCGUCAAGCCUCUCCUGAGUGCAGCCUUCGCCGAUCAUCCAGAUGAUGCCCUGAUCUGGGCUCGAGUCUGCCGCGCCGUCAUCCAAUCCGCCAUGGCAGACCAAUCCCGGAUCAUCAGCGAUAAUCCCAUCGGAAACGGCCUUGCUGGCUUCCACGCAUCAUUCGAUUCGAUCUGCAACGAGAAGAAGGUGCUGCGCACUCUGGACGCGCUGGGUCAACUUGACCGAGAAGAUCUCCAGAAUCUCACCCUCGAUCUUCUAUAUGCUUUACGGAACCUUCCUGCUGCUCGGCGGCUCGCUUCAAGGACAAGUUCGGGCGCCCUUCGAACCGACCUCGUGAAGCUCAUUUCUGCCGCCGCCUCCGACGACUUCGAUUUUGACCGUGUCAAGCCUUUGCUGAAUGCAACCCUCGCCGAUGACCCAGACGAUGCCUUUAUCUGGGAUCAGGUUUACCGCGCCGUUACCGAGCCUACCCCGCCGCCCCGGCCGGUGCCAUCUUCCCUCCAGCAAACCCCAUGGCUAUACAAUACCGGCGGUUUCGCUAACUUUUCGGAAUACCGCCAAGAUGUGGAUAGGGUCCUUAGGUCGGAGCUUGGUCCUUUUUACGUCGGGCUUCCUCGCUUCCGCGAAGCUUUUUUCGGACGCGUGGCAGGUCUAGAUGCAGCGUCCGAGGCCGUUUUGAAAAAGUGCACGGAAAGCAGCAAUCCACUUUUUAGCAGCGAAGGCUGGCGAGAAUGGCCGGCAGGCGCAAAAGAGAGCGACGUGUUGGCCUGGUUUAACGACAUUCUCGCGAAGCUGGACGCAUUUUUAAAAGACUACAAGCCGACCUUAACAUAUCGACGAAAGCCACUAGCGCAGCCUAAUAAACCGAUCCAGGGUUUAACAGGAAAGCGGAAGCUGGACGUCGGCUUGGUAGACGACCCUAAUGCUGGAAGAGAUUCGAGAUGCCACUGGUCGCAGAUCCUCGUGCCUGGAAAGCCAAAGAGCAACCGCUUUGCAGACAUAGCCUUAAAGGCGUAGCUUAAUCUGGGGAGGUAUGCAAAAAAAGUGUUUACGGCGCAAAAUACCCGCCGUUUCGUUUUAGGAUUCACUUUUUGCGGGUCUUUUAUAAGGUUGUGGGAGUUUGACCGGCUGGGCGGAAUUGCGUUCGACAAGUUCGACAUAAACAA